UCUCUAAAAGUUUAUAAAAUGUGUUUCUGAGUUUGAAUUCUUGGUGGGUUUUGAGAAAAAAUGGAGUAUUCUUCUUCAGAAAAUCUGGAUGAUGGAGAGUUAUGGCUACCUUCUGAUAUUUUUCCAGUAGAAGAAACUGUUUCUUCUACUAAUAAUAAUAAUAAGCUGAGUUCUUCUCUUUGCUGUUGUUACUCUUGUGUUCUUCUUCUUCGUCAUCAUCAUCACAAUAAUCAUAGCUCUAUUUUCAUGGCUAAACAAGAAGAAUCUGCUGCUAUUUCACUUCUUCAAUACCGUACUCAUAAUACCCACAGUGUUCCAAAGCCAUUUCCCAUUACUGAGCGGCGGUUCAGACCGGCUGAGAGGUGCUGUAGCUGUACGGAUUGUUCAAUUUCAGAGUAUUUUGAACGGAAUAGAAGAGGAACAGAGCUGCUUCUAACCGGUUCACCACCGGUUCAACUUCAACACCAGGUUGAGAGUUUGAUGGAUGCAAGAGCUCUGAUUUUACAGAAGGAAGAGCAGAACCGGUUCAUCAGAAUGCAGAGAAGAAACCUCGGCCUAGACCGGUUCACCGGAAACCGGGUUUCGUCAUUUGUGGGAGGCAGUGGCAGUGGUGGCGGCGGCGGCGGUGGUUUUAAUGGUGAAAGUAGUUCUGUGAGAGAUUAUGGUGGAACUGGUGUCUUCCUCCCAAGAAUACCCAUCAAUAUCAACAACAAUGGUAGAAAGAGACAAGGUGGUAGAAAUUGGCAAGAUGUUCAACAAACUAAUCAGAGAUAUCCAUGCAUAUGAGAAAUGGCAAAAACCUAAAGAAUUGGACCUAUUGAUAUAUAGUAGUUUGAUCUUUAGAUAUAGUAAUUUGGUAGAUUUAAAUAAUUGAACUUAGCAUAUGGUU